AUGCUACGCGAUGGCUCUUGCCGGCGUACAGCUUCCACAUCAACGCGUCUGGCCCUGGGGAGUAUCCCGGUAACACGCCUUUGCCGUCAUGUAGGCAACACUCAUGUCACCAUGGUCUUUUUCGCCGAGCUCGUCCUGCAGGCCAAACUCACCCCCAAUCAUCGUCUUCGUCGUCCUCGGCUUCGUUGGUGGUGCACGGUGCUGGUCCUCCCCAUGCGCUCCCAGGACUUCUUCAUCGAUCUGUCCAAGAGAAUAGCAGCAAGCUGGAGAAGCAUUCUCAGUGCUCGCCAGCAAGCUUACUUCGGAGCUCUCGUCCAGAUUGGCCCGGUCAACGAAGAGCCAUGCCGACGCCACGUCGGGGAGACCGCUCACAGGAGGAGGUUCGCACACCACUCUGACCGGCUGGUAUCCUGA